CUAAAGGUCACGCUGCGGUCCCACCAGAUACAGCGAAAUUGCUUUUUUGCUGCGUUUUUUCGCAUUUAAUUGGAUAAAAACAAACCGAAUCGCCAGCAGAUCGCCAAAUAAACAGUGAAAAGCCAAAAGACACAAAAUGGCAAUUGCCGAGCACGACAACGUCUUCAUCUUUGUGCCAAAUUUGAUUGGCUACGCCCGCAUCGUUUUGGCCCUGAUCGCCUUCUGGUUCAUGUCCACCAACUAUGUGAUCUCCGGCUGGUGUUAUGUAACCUCCGCCCUGCUGGACGCCGUCGAUGGACACGCCGCCCGGGCCUUCAACCAAAGCACUCGCUUUGGGGCCAUGCUGGACCAGCUGACCGACCGCUGCGGCACCACCGGCCUGCUGGUCACCCUGGCCUACUUCUAUCCCCGGUACAUGUUCUGGUUCCAGCUGUCCAUCGCCAUCGACGUGGCCUGUCACUGGCUCUUCAUGCAGACGAGCGUUGUGGUCGGACGCAGCUCGCACAAGGUGAAUGAGAACUUUGUUAUGCGGCUGUACUACCAGAAGGACAUACUCACCUUCAUGUGCUGCGUCAACGAGCUGUUCUACGUGUGCUUGUACCUCUUGCAUUUCACCUACGGCCCGCUGAUAUUCGGCGCCUCGCUCUUCAAGAUACUCGCCUUCCUCACGGGUCCCUUCGCCGUGCUCAAGGCCCUGAUCUCGGUGAUGCACGCCUACGUGGCGGGCAUCGAUCUGGCCGCCGUGGAUGUGCGCGAGCGGCAGGAGAAGCGCCAGAAGUCGGAGCCGUUGGCCGGCAAGAAGCUGGAGUAAAUUGGCUCCGCGCUCCAGGAGCUUCCAAUUCUAUUCAACAAAAGUACUAAAGCGAAACAACUCUUGAUUCCAAGCAAAAAAGAAAACAUGAAGAGAAAACCUUGAAGGCGGAAAGCGAUCAGAUGCACUAGGCAACCAACUAGGCCGUAGUAGAAUUUAAAUUAUUUUUAUGCGCUAUUGCAAGAUUGUUGACUUUAUUUUUUAUUUUUAGUUAGACGGGUGGCCAAAUUACCCGACAAUUUGUAUUUAAAUGAUUUUUGAAUUGAAAUUGAAAUUGAAAUUCAAGCGAUUCGUUCCAGUCAGUAGCUGUUGCAUAUUUAUUUUGCCUUUAGUUAAACGUAAUUUACAAUUUCUGUGACGCUUACACCCAAUAUACAUAUAUAUAUUUUACAGACAUACGCAUAUAUAUGCAGGCCGAUAUAUAAAUGAGUGUCUAUUUCCAGGAUUUACCGACCUAGCGACCUUCUCCCAGCAACUCUCUCAAUGUAACUAAUGUAUUUCUAAUCGUAAGUUAAAAGAAUGUAAUUGGAGACCUGCAAGAAAUAUAUGAAAAAUGGAUGUUAGAUGUA